GCUCUAUGAAAUUGUCAAUUUCGAAAAAAAUUGAGUCCUGUAUUUUGUAUUGUUGUUGAUAUAAAAAAGUUGUUACUAUUCCUAUUUCUAGACAUUUCUUUAUUCUAAUUUCUUGAUUAUGUCUGAAUUUGAUAGAGGAAGAAGUUAUAAAAAAAAAUACAUAUCGAAGGAUCUUCCUAAUAAUGUUGGCAGAAAUAUUAUUAAUAAAUUCAAUAAAUCAAAUGAAGAGGAUGAUGCUAAAAUAGAAAUAAAGAUUAAACAACCAACAAUUCUGCUUAAAGCUCGAGAGCAUGAAGAAACUAUAGGUUCUCCUAAAAAAAACUCUAGAGAUAAUGAAUCGUCUAAUCAGACUGGAACAUUUUCAUCCAAUGCAGAGGCCCAUACUAUACCAGAAUUAAAAUAUAUGCACAAAGCUGUUAAGUUCUUAGACGAUGGAAUAUUAUUCACUGAUAAUCUACAAGAUUAUGUUAGAGAUAAUAGUGACUUUCUGGUUGUAGCAGUUAUUGGACAGCAAGGGGUUGGUAAAUCAUCCAUAUUGAAUGUUCUAGCUAAUAAUAAAAUAAAGAAAGAUGUAUUAAAUGAAGUGUUUACAAAUAAUUCAAGAAACAAAAGAGAUAAACUUUCAAGUAAGUUCUCCAAACUUGAUUUAGAUUCAGAGAAAAAUGAUUCUGAAAUAUUUCGGAUGCAAACUGCUGAAGACAUUGAAUGCAUUCGAAAUAGAACAAAUGGAAUAGAUAUUUAUAUCAGUGAUGACAGGAUCAUCUACUUAGACUGUCAACCUUUUUCUUCUUUAGCUAUUAUGGAUGAUUUAGUUGAAAAUGACAAUAAAAGGUCCAAUUCUGUAAGCGAAAUAAUACAAUCUGAAAAUAGUGGUGAAAUACAAGCACUUCAAAUCACAUCAUUUCUAAUGACAGUUUGCCAUAUAUUUAUUGUUGUUCAAGAUUGGUUUUUUGAUAGCAAUACUUGCAGAUUUAUCCAAGCUUCUGAAAUGAUGAAACCUACUAUGACGAACUCAGAAGAUGAAGUUUCUGAGUAUUUCCCCCAUUUGUUAUUAAUACACAAUAGGGCUACUGUUGACGAUUUUUCACCAUCAAAAUUUAAGAUUAUACAAAAGACGUACAAAUCUCUAUUUCUCAAAUCGAGACUAAUCUUGAACAGCAAUUUGGGAAUUGCUUCAGGCAGAUUAGUGAAACAUUUAUGUCCAGAAACUUGUGGACCACCACUCAAUAUAUUUUUAGUACCUGAAUAUGAAGAAAAUGAAGGUGUGGUAUUCAGGGGCCACCCUCCAAUGGAAGAUAUUUUCAAGAAAUUAAAAGGAAACAUGUUAGGAGUUACCAAAAACCCACUCACACAUGUUCAGCUAACAGAGAAAACCUGGCUUGUUUAUUGUGCUAAAGUAUGGGAAAAUGUGAGAAAAAGUUCCUUCUUUGUUGAGUACACCAAAUUGAUGCCUUAGUGAUUCAGUCCAAAAUUGUGAUAGUAAUAUUUGUUUUUAAUUUUAAGAAAGUGAAUAAAUGAUAAAAAAAAUCUCAAACGUCUAUAAAUAAAUUAGUCUUCUAUGGUUGA